AUGCUGUUGCGUAAUACAAAAAUCCCCAAGACUUUAAAUACCUGUUUUAUACUGCAUAUAUUCAUCCUGUUGACACUGGGCAUGUUAGUGUCGGGCAUGCCCUCAAAGAUGGUAUCAUUCGCCUCUCAGGAUGCUCUGCAAAGAAUAAACAAUCUCCUUCGGGGCUCUGCUAAUCGAGAUGUUGACAUUUUUGCUGUAUAUUCGAACGAAGAUAACGGUGACGAUGGUAGCGACAAGGAUCACCAUAACAUCGAUAUUGAUCCUUUACCUCGACGCCCUAGUUUAACGCCUGAUAGGCAACUCCUAAAAGUUGGUUUGCAUGGCGCUAUAAGUUCUGAUUUAGAGAUCUGUAGUAAUUUAACAAUAAAUGAAGUUCUCCUGAAAUUUCCCGGCUCCAACGCUGCAGAUGCCGCAGUAACACAAGCCCUUUGUAAAGGUAUGGUGAAUUUUUUCAAUAGCGGUAUUGGAGGUGGUGGAUACGUGGUUUUUUCUGGCAAAAGCGAUGAAGAUCAUUUAUCUAUUGAUUUUAGAGAAAAGGCACCCAUGGGUUCGCAUAAAUUCAUGUUUGAAAACUGUUCUCUAUGCUCAAAGAUAGGAGGUCUGGCUGUCGGUGUUCCAGGGGAACUUAUGGGUCUCUAUCGCCUCUAUAAAGAAAGAGGCAGUGGCCAAGUUGAUUGGCAUGAUUUAAUACAACCAGUGGCGAAACUGGGAAGCACGGGUUGGCGAAUAGGUGAAGCCCUCGGUGCCACUUUAAAACUUUAUGAGGAUGUUUUCCUGACAUUGAAGGAGGAUUGGUUGUUUGUAUUGAAUUCUACUCAAGAUGGUGUUCUGAAAGAAGGUGAUUGGAUCAAGAGGCCAGCACUAUCCAAUAUGUUAAUGGAACUGGCUAAAAAUGGCUCCGUGGCGCCAUUUUAUGACCCUGACCACUGGAUUGCUAAGUCGAUGGUUGAUACUGUGGCGAAAUACAAUGGAAUAAUGGACUUACAGGAUGUUUCAUCAUAUGAUGUUCACGUUACCAAACCAUUAUCCAUGAAAAUCAGGAAGGGUGCCAAUUUCAUUCCUGAUAACGAUAUGACUGUGUUGACAAGUAGCGGUUCGAGUUCUGGGGCUGCACUACUUGCAGCAUUGAGGAUAAUGGAUAAUUUCCAGAAUCAAGAAGGGGGCGACUAUGAGAGAGAAACCUCCUACCAUUUGCUUGAAAGCAUGAAAUGGAUGGCAAGCGCAAGAAGCAGGUUAGGUGACUUUCAAGGCGAAACAUUGCCUAAGCACAUCAAAGAGGUAUUAGAUCCAGAAUGGGCUUUGAAAGCAGUGAAAUCCAUCAGAAAUAACUCUCAGGAUGGAAAAUUUAAAACGUUAGAAAACUGGACGCUUUAUGACCCAGCUUACGAUAUGAAUAACCCUCAUGGAACCGCGCACUUCAGUAUAGUGGAUUCUCAUGGCAAUGCUGUCUCCUUGACAACCACCGUCAACCUGUUGUUCGGUUCCUUAGUUCACGACCCAAAAACUGGCGUAAUUUUUAAUAAUGAAAUGGACGAUUUUGCUCAAUUUAACAAAUCUAAUAGUUUUGAAUUGGCGCCCUCCAUAUACAAUUUUCCGGAACCCGGGAAAAGACCGUUAUCGUCCACUGCACCCACUAUUGUGCUAUCUGAAUUAGGUAUCCCGGAUCUUGUAGUGGGUGCUUCGGGUGGCUCAAGAAUCACUACGAGUGUUUUACAAACAAUAGUCAGGACCUACUGGUAUAAGAUGCCUAUAUUAGAAACAAUAGCCUAUCCACGUAUACACCAUCAGUUGCUGCCCGACCGCAUAGAAGUAGAAAGCUUCCCCAUGAUCGGUAAAGCCGCACUGCGUACUCUAAAGGAAAUGGGAUAUACGAUGAAAGAAGUUUUUCCCAAGAGCGUGGUCAACGCUGUACGCAAUGUCAGGGGAGAAUGGCAUGCCGUGAGUGACUAUUGGAGAAAAAGAGGAAUUUCCUCCGUAUAUUGA